UUUGUUUUGAAAUUAAUACAAUAAAGAAUAUUGUUCUUAAAUGUAAAAAACGCAAAGUUGAAAAAUCGACUUUAGUCACUUCCCGAAUUGUCAAUUGUCAUGUGUCAAACUCGUAGAGUUGUUGCCGAAAAGUGGAUCUAUUUAAUUCAAACUAGUAUUUAAAUAGGAGUCAGUUAUUGCCAAAAUGCCCCCAAAGUUUAAAUUUGCUGAAGGCGAAAAGGUGCUGUGUUUCCACGGCCCCCUAAUAUACGAAGCCAAAUGUUUAAAGUCGACAAUAACCAAGGACAAGCAAAUAAAAUAUUUCAUUCAUUACGCCGGCUGGAACAAAAACUGGGACGAGUGGGUCCCAGAAAGCCGCGUCCUCAAGUACAACGAAGCGAACGUGGCGAAGCAGAAGGAGGUGCAAAAAGCCCACUCCACACAACCCAGUAAAACAAAAAAAGCCAAGAAGAAAACGGAAGCGACGAAAGAGAUUGAUUCUCGCUCGAGUACCCCCAACAACGAACUGACAAAAGGCAUUAAAAACAAACAAGUGAGCACGCCGUCAAGCGGGCCAGAUUCGAGCUCCGAUGUUCCUAGGAAGAAAAGAGGGCGCUUGGACCCGUCAGUUGAGUCGGAAGAACAAUUUUUGAAUAAAGUGGAAAUCAAGGUUAAGAUUCCUGAUGAGUUGAAACCGUGGCUGGUGGACGACUGGGACGUCAUUACGAGACAAAGGAAACUGGCGAAUUUACCGGCGAAAGUGACGGUUGACCAGAUUUUGGACAACUACCUGGCUUACAAGAAAUCUAUUAAAUCAAACAAUUCGAGUAAAGAAUCCGCGACUAUUGAGAUUGUGAAGGGGAUCAAGGAGUAUUUUAACGUCAUGUUGGGGACGCAGUUGCUGUACAAGUUCGAGAGGCCGCAGUACGCCGACAUUCUUCAAAACCAGGUAGACAAACCGAUGUCGGAGAUCUACGGCGCUACGCAUUUGCUGCGGCUUUUUGUUAAAUUGGGGGCUAUGUUGGCGUAUACGCCUCUAGACGAACGCAGUAUUCAACUACUAUUACAAAAUAUUCAAGAUUUUCUAAAAUACCUUGUUAAGAAUAGUGCGCAGUUGUUUAGUUUACAGGACUAUGGUAACGCUUCUCCAGAGUACCAUCGCAAGGCACUCUGACUUUUGUUCUUUUUAUAGUAAAGUGAUUUAUUAAAAACGCAUUACAAAAUCAA